ACCAAUGGAAGAGGAACUGGUGAUAGCUUCAUCGCCAACCGACGCCGGCAUCAGUUGUUGGAACUUACGGUCCGGCGCCGAGCACCUUCGCUAUAAAUCAUGCUCCUCCCCUUCUCAUGGCCUUGCCUGUAUCGGCGGCCGCUUUCUUGCCUCUUCUCAACUCCGCGAGUCCAAAUCGUCCUCGGGCUCCGUCCUUUACUGGUCCUGGAACAAGCCUCAGGUAGAAGUUAAGAGUUUCCCUGCGGAGCUUAUUAAUCCCCUCGUUUCUAACAGGGAGGGGACUUACAUUGUUGGAGGAGGUGUAUCGGGUGAUAUAUACUUUUGGGAGGUUUUGACUGGUAGACUGCUUAAAAAGUGGCAUGCUCAUUAUAGGGCUGUUACUUGCUUAAUUUUUUCUGACGAUCAAUCGCUUCUUAUUUCUGGGGCAGACGAUGGAUGUGUCCGGGUCUGGUCGCUCUUCAUGAUAUUCGAUGAUCUACGGAGGCAUGAAGCGAGGCAUCUUUAUGAGUAUAGUUUUUCUGAGCACUCUUUGAAAGUGACUGAUAUUGCUACAGGUUAUGGGGGAUGCAAUGCGAUAAUUGUGUCCGCUUCUGAGGACCGAACUUGCAAGGUAUGGAGCCUAUCUGGGGGGAAGCUAUUAAGAAACAUCGUGUUCCCAUCAAUAAUAGAUGCAAUUGCAAUGGACCCUGGUGAGCAUGUCUUCUAUGCUGGUGGUAGGGAUGGUAAGAUAUACAUCGCUGCACUUAAUGCUCAAGGUGUCUCCAGGAGCAAUUAUGGGCCACAUAUCAUUGGUUCACUAUCUGAACAUAGUAAGGCCAUAACUUGCUUAUCUUUUAGUGUGGAUGGAAUUCUAUUGGUUUCUGGAUCAGAGGAUGGCAUGGUUAGAGUUUGGGACACUAAAACACGUAACAUCAUUCGUAUUUUUAAGCACGUGAAAGGUACAAUUAGCAAUGUUCUAGUCAUUAGACAAUCACCAUAUUUGAUUCGUCCAACGUUAAUAAAUUCUCAAGCUCCCUCAGCGAGAAGGCAUGGUCCGGUACUACCCCCACCACUGGAAAAAUACACAGAUUCAAUGGAUGAAAAUGCAGAUAUUAAGGCCAUCAUCCCUCCGCAUGUUACUUCUGACAAGCCCCUGGAUGCUUCAUACAUCAGUAUUCAGACAAUGAGUAGUCAAAUCCGAGAACUUCAGCAACAAGGUUCUUCUGCGGCUUCUGAAAUGGAGACAGAAAGACUAAAGCUUGAUUGCAAAAGAUGUAUGCAGAUGGUUCAACAGUGGAAGAAAAUGUAUGAAAACUUACAUCAGUUUUGUGUAAAUGAGCUUUUGGAUGGAGAUCAAGCUGGAGGUGCUAGUGGACACUCCUGAGGUGGUUUCCCUGUGCCGCACCUUUACUGUUUAUAGGUACACAUGAUGACCAUAACUUUAUUGCUAUGCUAUUUGGAGAAUUAGAUUUCUAAUAUGCAUAUAGAGGGGUGUGCACUGUGAUUGAAGUGAUGCUGAUUCUUAUGGGGUUUUUAUUCUCCUUUUUUUUAAGUUACCUACUGGAUCGAAGCACGGUUUUGGAACUGAGUUCACAUCCAUUAUCUCAUAGUUAUUUGUGUGGUGCUGAGGUCACUAAGGGCACACUUAUAUUUUCAUGUUCGUUAAUGUACUUCUGAGAUUUAGGUCAAGUUGUAAUAUACCUGUGGUUUUCUGUUUCUGUCAACUAAUGUAUUCUUUAAGGCUAGUCUGACUUUUGGCUGCCUUAUUCUGGGAAGGAUAAGUUCUAUCAUGUCUCAGUUUCUAUGUAAUCUUUUUGUUUCCUUAUGAUGAUUAGUUUCAAUGAAGUCAUUGAAGUGAGAGACUCUUCAUGAACUUUCAGCCCCGAUUUUUUUUGUGGAUUGGUUGUUUUUGUAACUCGAAAUUUGCAGAUCUUUUUCUAUUUCUAAAGGUGUAGUUUGGCAAUUCAUAUUGAUGUUAGUGAAGUUAAUAAUAAUCUUCUGCAUGCAACAAACAGAUUCCUUUACUGCUAGUAAACUUAGAUUUCAAUUAUAAAUGCUCUCUGAAACAAUAUGGAACACAGAUUUGUGAAGCAUCAAACAUGAUGGGGGGGCCCUUUCCUAAGCAGUCCUACAGAUUUAUUAUUGACAGAUUUGAUAUGUAAGU